UGUUUUGAUAAGAAUAGAUGUGUCGCUGAGGUAGUCGACGAUUUUUACAAACCUUGAGCCACCUCUGUAAUUUAUCAGGCUUCGUAGCUCGUUAGUUUAUACUUUUCUGAUCGAGUCGCUUAGAAAAAGGCGACUUGAUUUGGCCCAUACAAACCUCUCUGUGAAAUCAGGUCGAAAGGGAUGCCGCUGAAGACAGACUCCGACGGACGCCAGCAGUCUUUGGAUUUAAUCUCAUCGCAUUUAAUCGGGAAGAGCAGCUUUUCUAUAAAUUUAAAAGGCCUCAGAAUAACUCAUUCUCGACCGAGUGCUUUUGUAAGAUGCUUAAGAUCGAGUGCGAAUUAAUUGCUCAGCUGUGAAUUGGAGACAGGAGUGUUAAUUGUCAGCAAGCUAAUCGCUAACGUUAGCUGGUCAACAACAAAGCGGGGGUCGUUAAUCUUUCGCUUCGCCGAGAAACCAGUUCGGUCAAGAGGACUGUCUGCAGCCGACGGCUGUCGUUUUGAGCCCGUUUCUGCCUGCGUUGGAAAUAUUGCUCGACAGCGAUGAAACUGUUGGAAAACUCCAGCUUUGAAGCCCUCAGCUCCCGGCUGUGUGUUGAAACAGGGGAGUCUCGCAUCCUUGGCAGGAUUGAGAGCUACUCCUGCAAGAUGGCAGGGGAUGACAAACAUAUGUUCAAGCAGUUCUGCCAGGAGGGGGAGCCACAUGUCCUGGAGGCCCUCUCUCCCCCCCAGUCCACCAGCGCCACCAGCCCCUCACAGCUGGGGAAGAGUAGUGAGGACGGGGAGAACCCUCUGAGUGACAAGUGUUGCAGGAAGACCCUUUUCUACCUCAUCACAACGCUCAACGAGUCCUUCAGGCCAGACUAUGACUUCAGUGCGGCACGGGCUCACGAGUUCAGCCGAGAGCCCAGCCUCAACUGGGUGGCGAAUGCAGUAAACGGCAGCUUGUUCUCAGCUGUGGGAGAGGAGUUCAACUCUCUGGGGCCGGAGCUGUGGAACGCCAUCGACCAAGAGAUCAACCUGCAGGGCUGUGACAUUUACAGCUACAACCCUGAUCUGGACUCGGACCCUUUUGGUGAAGAGGGGAGCCUCUGGUCCUUCAACUACUUCUUCUACAACAAGAAACUGAAGAGGAUUGUAUUCUUCACAUGUCGCUCAGUCAGCGUCUUGAGUGGCUACGGCCGCGACUGUCUCGACAAUGAGCUGGACAUGGAGCUGGACGAUGAGGAGGAGAUGGACGGCUUCACUGAGGACAGGUUCCCCAGAGCUCUGUGCGUGUGAAUUUCCCUGAUGGACACGCAUCGGCCAAAGAAUAUCUAGGCUUUUCCCUCCUCUCCUCCAGUUUUUCACCCCAUGUACUUUUUCCUUUUUGGUUUGUUUUCUGGGAUUUUGCUAGUCCAAAGCCAUUUUCACACAUUACACUAGUGCAUGUUUGAAGGCUUCUGCUGGCAGUGAACUGUGUACCGUGAGGACUUUUUUUUUUUUUGAGACUCAGCGGUAACUUCCAGCUCCUUCAUUCUCCCAUGUGUUUUUUUUUUUUUUUUUUUUUUACCAUAAGCUUCAAGCCCAAACAAGCACACACGAACACACAGCUUCUCUACACCUGCCACAUUUCCAGAGAGACCACGGACGCUCGAAUAGAAGGUCUUGGUAUGGAUGAGUGGCUGACAAAGACUGCUAGGGGGCUGAGUUUCUCGCAAAUGAUGUCAAGGAAAGGAGUCCAGAUAACACCAGCAUCAAUGAGAACUGACAGAUCUAUGAUAACCUGGGGAAGGGGCUGAGCUGGGUCCAUCAAAACCCAGGAAGGACUGACUCACUGAUCAGCUAAGAACUCCUCUUUUGUUCAUUGUUUGCUCUUUCUGUAUGUUGCUUUUUAUGUGCGACAGUGACGUUACUGUGAGACUGUUUUUAGCACUGAGUUUGAAAUCUAAAAAAAAAAAACGCUGCAUUUAUAACCGAAACUUGUAUUAUUGAACCUAACUGCAAACGCUCGUCUGUACUUUAGACAGUAGGGCAUUGCCAAGGAAACUGUUGGCACCUGGGUUGCAGCUUAGAAAACAUAUCAGCUUUUAACAAAUGUUCCAUUGUUCUUUCCAUCCACUGUUUUCUAGUCCCAUGAUUAAUUUUUAUACGUUGUCUGAUUCAAGAAGUUUUUCCUCUGUUCCCCCCCAAUCUGAGCCUGGUUAACCCCGUUUUUAAAUGUUGGUCCUGCCAGUGUUUUUCUUUGCUCAUUACCUCAGUGCAAAGGCUUCAUUGAAAAGUGAAUGUAUAGUUCAAUUUAGAGGAAAAUAACAUGACAGAAGUGGCCGUUUUUCCAUUAUUUUUUAGAAAUUGAGAGGUUCCUCUUUCCUUUCGAGUGGGUAGGAGUUCUGUGACUUUUCUUGACUGCUCUGUGCUUUGUUUAAUUGGCUGAUAUAUUGCAGAUGUGAAUUAAACUGGUGUUUCAAUCAGCCGUGUUCUUCUUUGAAAGCAUCAACUUUUUGGGCAUUUGAGGUAACAUUUUGGCCCAAGCUUGUUUAAGAAUGUAUCUAAUUUUAUUCCCUUUUAUAAAAAAUCAUUUUAUAAUUCCAAAUAUACUGAAAAAGACCUUUACAGACUCAAAGUUCAAAAUAAACUUUAAUUGAAAAAAAACAAACAAAACAAACCCAAAGCAAAUACAGUACGUGACCCAGACUAGACGCCACCACACUGAGAGCACAUGAUCAGUUCCCUUGCUUUGUGAGAUCAAGGUCAAAGCUGUAAACUUUAACGCUGUAAAGAGUGUGGGGGCUGCAAGUUCGUCCUUUUUCCUGUUACAUGUAAAAAUACCUUGUCCCACAACAAAAACACCUAGAGACCCAGAGGCACCUCCCUGACCAAGAUGACACCAGUUCAAUGAAACUCAUGCACUUCCUGCUUUUGGCCACUGUGGAUCUUGCUAUACAUGGUUUCAAAGUGACACGUGCAUAGAUCUUUUACUCAUGGACUCUUACACAGGAUCAAAGAGGGUAAAAGUCAGGAGCAGACUGUGAGAUUCACACACAUACAGUCCUCCAGACACUCAGAACAGCAUGGUUAAGGCUGAGGAUCAAGUAUUGUAACUGUAUGAUGGACAAAAAGCAAAAAAUAAAAUUAAAUAAAAAUCAUAAUGCAUCACUGACAAAACAGUGUUUAAAAAUACUGUUAUUAAAACUGAGCUUUGUACCUGCAUUUGAAAUAAUAAAGUUUCAGCCAUUCAAUGCUUAGGUAAAUAAAUGGCAAGAGUAAUUUCCGUUUGUUCCAAAGGGUGAGUUUUAAGAAAACGUUUGCAUGCCAACACUCUGGAUCGACACCAUUUGGCUCAAUAACAACCAGGCUCCAAGGUAACAGGAAGGGAGGUUCAUAUUUGACCACAUUUCAAUACGGCACCAAUAAAUCUUUGUGAGGAUAACCACCAACAAUGUAGCUUAUGAAACUGAAAUCAUGAGUACAAUUAUUAAUAGCUGUGCUAAAAAUGAGAACUGAAAAAAAAAAAAAAAUAUGAGAACAUUACUCUGAAUAACAAUUAGUGUCCCAUUAAAACUGGUUUUACAAUACU